AGACACGAUGCGAUCAAUGUUUUGACACAGUCAUUAGUUGUCGCGUGUGUAUAUAUAUGUCCAUGCACUACCUUUAUAGGCCACGCACGAGCUUCAUUAGCUUACAAUUGUUUUAGCUUGGCGAAAGCUGUAUUUCCUCACGAUGUCUCUGUCUGUCCAGAAAUGGUUUUGCGUCCUGAUUCUGUGUAUGUUCUCUCAUGACGUUGUUGCAAAAACAGUUAGGCGCAAUGUUCUCUUCAUCAUGGCUGACGAUUUGAGACCAACAUUAGGAUGCUACGGGGAUCCUAUUGUAAAGUCACCAAACAUUGAUCAACUUGCCUCUAAAAGUAACGUCUUUCUCAACGCAUAUGCCCAGCAAGCAGUGUGUGGACCAAGUCGGACCUCCUUACUAACAAGUCGUAGACCUGACACAACCCGGUUAUAUGACUUUAACUCCUACUGGAGAGUGCAUGCGGGGAACUACACCACUCUCCCUCAGUACUUCAAGUCAAAGGGCUACACCACCAUGUCGGUUGGAAAGGUUUUUCACCCAGGCAUAGCCUCUAAUCACUCGGAUGAUUACCCGUACAGCUGGUCUGUACCUCCUUAUCAUCCUCCCUCUUUCAAGUAUGAAAAUAUGAAGGUUUGCAAGGGCAGUGAUGGCAAACUGCAUGCCAACCUGUUGUGCUCAGUUAAUGUGUCUGAAACCCCUCUUGGGACACUGCCAGACAUGGAGAGCACAGAGGAGGCCAUCAGGCUGCUCAAGUCCACAAGGGAUUCUGGCAAGAAUUUCUUUCUGGCUGUUGGAUUCCACAAACCUCACAUUCCCUUCAGAAUCCCACAGGACUUCUUGACACUCUAUCCUCUGGAUAAGAUGAGCCUGCCUCCAGACCCUUAUGUUCCUAAAGGCCUCCCCAGCGUGGCCUACAAUCCCUGGACUGACAUCAGGAAAAGGGAAGAUGUCCAAGCUCUAAACAUCAGCUUCCCAUAUGGGCCAAUCCCAAAAGAUUUCCAGAAAGCUACAGGUAGAAGCAGCAUAUUAUACUACAGCAGGUUGCAUACUGUUGUGGUAUUGAUAUACCAUAAAUGUUGGCUUCAGCUCCAGAUUCAACAGCACUAUUAUGCAUCUGUGUCAUACAUGGACUCACAAGUGGGUCGGUUGUUGAAUACUCUGGAUUAUCUUGGCCUGGCUGAAGACACUGUUGUGGUCUUUACAUCUGACCAUGGCUGGUCACUUGGGGAGCAUGGAGAAUGGGCCAAAUACAGCAACUUUGACGUGGCCACUCGCAUUCCACUAAUGUUCUACGUAGCAGGUGUGACUGCAGUCCGUCCUUGGCCAGAGACCUUCCCUUACAUUAAUGUGUUUGGUCCAACACCGCAUCGCUUCACACGAGGAAGAACCGUGAGCAACGUGAACGAGCUGCUAGAUAUCUUCCCCACUGUGUCUGUCCUGGCUGGGCUGAAGCCCCCGCUCCCCUGUCCCGACAACUCCUUUGACGUGGAGCUCUGCACCGAGGGACACGACCUGGCCUACACCUUCAACAACGACGACAACCGCAAGAAGUCUGAGGCCAUUGCCUUCAGCCAGUACCCCCGGCCCGCCGACACCCCCCAGGAAAACUCCGACCUGCCCGACCUGAAGGACAUCCGGAUAAUGGGCUAUUCUCUGCGCUCCUGGGACUAUCGCUUCACCGUGUGGGCGGGCUUCGACCCAGCUAUCUUCCAGGCUAACCUGUCAGACGUGCAUGGUGGGGAGCUGUACCUCCUGGAGGAAGACCCAGGCCAGGACCACAACCUGUACAACACCUCUGAGCACAGCCUGCUGCUCUGCAAGCUGGGCCAGGGCCAGCAGCCCUGGGCACAGACCCUCAAACAACACCUCCUAUACCUCACUGCAGGGAAUAAAUCUAAAGGGAUGGCAUGAUGCUUUGUGUAAUGAACUAUUUUGCUGUGUUCAUAAGGGAUGUUUCCAUUCUAGGCAAGUGCCUAUAUCUAGAUUGUUUCAGCUUCUAUUGGCACUUUAGGUUUUUAGGUGUAAUCCUUGUCUUAGCAGUUCAGGUUUCUGAAUGUUGAUGGUGAAUUUCAAUGGCAAGAAUUUGACACCAGCUCUAAAUCGAACCUAACAACUCCAAUAGAUCACUGGUUAUCAGUAUGUUAGUUUGAGAUCAGACUUAUUUUUCAAGCAUAAGGUAAUUUACUGUAACAAACUGAUGGUGAAAUGUGUAUUUAUAUAGGGAAAGAUCAUUAGGGCCAACAUGGAGGUGUUGGUGAACAUGCUGUACUGUAAAACUUUCCACGUUCAUACUUUGCACUUUUUUUUCUUUUUUUUAAAAUGGGUUGUACCAAAUUGAUCCAAAUAAGCAUACCUUUUUGGGGGGGGGGGGAAUAAUCUUGUCAAUGUACAGUAGAAGGAAAAUACUAGUCCUCACGGAGGUUCCACCCCAGUGUGUUCAGGGCCAGCAGACAGCCUUCAUUGCCAGCUGGGUUGAAAUUCCAUAGUUUUUUUCAGUCUGAACGUGAGGUCAGGCCAGUUGGAGAUGGAUCCAUGGGCUGAUUGAAGCUUAUUUUAAUUGCUUGCGCCAAAGGGGAAUUGCAUUUGUGCUCAAACUUUAUCUGUGAUUUUAAUUCUCUUUCAACUCCCGUUUCCAAGUUCUGCUAGAAAAUGUUCCCCAUUUAGGUUCCUUCCCCUGUGAAUGAGGCAGUGUCUUUCAGCUCCCAGACAGUGUUAUGUGGAGGGAAUGUGCAACUCCUCAUACAUAUUGUCCAAAAAUAAUUAUUCUUACCACUCAACUAGUCCUAUCUAUACAAAUGUGUGUUCUUCACUACUUCUUUCAUAAGAGUGGAUCUACUGAAGGUAAGGUAGUGCGUACACUCAAAUUGGUUCAUUUGAUUUUAAUCUGUCAGGCACUGACACUCAACCUUGAAUUGCACCACCAUCCUGAUGUAAUAGGUCAGGGGAGCGCUUCAUUGACUAAUACAGGAAUGUUAUUCCCCUUAAGUAGACAAUGUGACCUAACACUGAUAGACGAUGGACUUUAACCAUGCAAACCUGUUAAUAUGAUAAACAAGGAAUCAAUGUGGAUGUGGUAAUGGGUCACUGCUUAAGAUAAUUAUUACUUUGAUACAUCCAUGUGAUAUCUAUGUGGUGAAUGAAUCUGUUACAUCCAGGGUUGGUUUUGAAGAUCGCAUGCAGAUUGGUCAUUUGUGUUUAGGAAUCAAUCCCCAUUUGUUGGUAUUUAACAAAUCCAUGUCAAAUUAGUGUCACUUUGUCUUGCUGAUUCAGAUGCACCUUAUUAGGGUAGCGGGUAAUGGCAAUUUAAUCAUGAAAAAAAUGCUUGAUGACAAUUAAUGAAUUGAGAGAAUGUUGCUGAAAAAACUAUCUUUGUUUUAGAAACGCAACUCCCAAGUUGCAGCUGGAGGAGGGAGAGUAAAAAGUUGUAUAUCAGCCCAAUGUCAAACCCAUACAAGCCAGCUGGACUGUUAGGAACUAGUCUGACAAGUAUUACACUGGCAAUCAGAGCGACUUGGAGAUCAUGAGCAAGCUCUCGCUCAGAAUGAAGUGCUCAUUCUUUUAAACGCUGCCUGUCUCCACAGUCUGGUAUUGAGAUUGGUUAUGGCUCACAGCAACUAUUCAAAACAACUGGCCUACACCAGCAAUUCAAUAUGAACUCAGAUUUACAAAAAUGGCCAAUGUUAUGAUUUAGUGUAUCUUAUUUGUCUGUCAUUGCCUGCAGAAUAUGGUAAUUAGAAACGAUAUUAUUCCUCAAACUCAAAACGGCAUUAUACGUACAGUAUGUAUAUUUGUUUGCAUGAAAUGCACUAUGUCUCGAGGGCAAAUGUGCCUUGUCCUUGUAGCUUGGCUGAGAGGAGCAGCUGGUAAACAGUGUUUUUCUCCAGAGGCUGUUGUACUGUAGGAUAUGGCUGGUAGACAGUGUUUUUCUCCAGAGGGUGUUGUACUGUAGGAUAUGGCUGGUAGACGGUGUUUCUCUCCAGAGGCUGUUGUACUGUAGGAUAUGGCUGGUAGACAGUGUUUUUCUCCAGAGGGUGUUGUACUGUAGGAUAUGGCUGGUAGACAGUGUUUCUCUCCAGAGGGUGUUGUACUGUAGGAUAUGGCUGGUAGACAGUGUUUUUCUCCAGAGGGUGUUGUACUGUAGGAUAUGGCUGGUAGACAGUGUUUCUCUCCAGAGGCUGUUGUACUGUAGGAUAUGGCUGGUAGACAGCAGUGCUCCAGUGAAUGGUGUGGCAGAUAUUACAGCCUAGGAUCUGAUGCCCUCCAUCUGGCCUAGUGAGGCAGAGCGCCAGCCAGGCCAGCAGAGAGUCUAUUCCUCCCCUCCCUUUUCAUCACCCUCUCUCCUGGCACAGUGAAGCUGAGAUGUAGCCCACAGCCAGAGCAGAGGACUAUCUCAGUAGUGAUCAUGUUGACAGCUGUGUUUAACAGAGCCGUCUGGGAUAGGAGACAAGUGGUCACUACUAUGCUCUCAACAUACAGUAGCAAUAAGGGGAUAUUUCAGUGUUGAUAAUGGAUGGCUUCCAAAAGCCCUUAUACGUCUCAAAGAAUACAAUGCUUUUGUUUGUAAUAUUUUAUUUAUUUAUGUAUGUGUAUAUAUAUAUAUAUAUCGCCUGAACAAAAAUGUAAAGAUAACAUUCUACAAUUUCAAAGGAUUCAAAGGAAUUACACACACACACACACACACGAUUCCCUAAAACAAUGUUGGAGGCGGCUUAUGGUAGAGAAAACAACAUUACAUUCUCUGGCAACAUCUCCUGCAGUCAGCAUGCCAAUUGCAGUCCCUCAAUUUGAGACAUCUGUGGCAUUGUGUUGUGUGACAAAAAAACUCCAUUUACACUAUUGGGGCGGCAGGGUAGCCUAGUGGUUCGAGCGUUGGACUAGUAACCGGAAGGUUGCAAGUUCAAACCCCCGAGCUGACAUGGUACAAAUCUGUCGUUCUGCCCCUGAACAGGCAGUUAACCCACUGUUCCUAGGCCGUCAUUGAAAAUAAGAAUUUGUUCUUAACUGACUUCCCUAAUUAAAUAAAGGAAAAAAUAUAUAUAUAUAUUGUACUGGUCUGUCCUUUAAAUAGACCUACUAUCUGUGACUCUUGUUUACCUGACUGUCUGUGUAUUUAAUAAGAGUAACUUCAAAGAUGCAUAAUUCAUAUUUUUUUUAUCUCUUUUUCUACUGACAGCUGCCAUAUGUUUAAUUUCAGUCAAACAUUUCCAUGGAGAUGCAUUACAAAGUAAAACAGAUCCAGAGUUGACGCUCCAUGUGAAAACAUUCCAUAUCAGACAAUUUUGUGAAGUUUCUAAUGAAACCCUCUAAGAUUUUCAUACAAACAUAAUAUUGCUGUCUGAAUUUGUUAUUCAAAUAUGUAUGCCAAUAUCAAUUAAUAUGCAAAUGUAUUUUUUUGUGGUGAAUUUGCUAUAGGUUUUUUGAAUAAAGAUGACCCAAUUUCCGAAA